AUGAACCUAUGGAGGAAGGUUGAGCCACAAGAGCAGCCGCAAGAGGAGGAAAGAACUCCCCAUGUACCAAGAGCACUACAAUGCUCUUCUCCAUGGACUUUGGACACCAAGUACCCACAUGUUGACACAAUGAAGGCCCUUGGAAUCUUUGAGGAUGUGGAGCUAAUUCUCAAGAACAUGCACUUGGCCAAGCUUCUUCUCUUAUCACAUGGAAUCCUACAAGGAGCUCACUUGCGAGUUCUUAGCUUCAAUGAGGUACCACAUGUAGAAGAGGAAGAUAGAGCUGAUUUGGACCAAGGAUUGGGAUGGAUCACGUUCUUGGCUAAGGGAGAGAAGAGAAUGGUGACCUUUAGGCAGCUUGGAGAUCUUGUUUGGGUUCAACUAUGGAGAGGGACCAAGUGGAACUUCAAGGAAAAGGAACUCCAAAGGGUUUGGGCUACAAUCGCUGAUGGAGUACUCUUCCUCAAGGUCCAAGGCAGCUCAAUCAGGAGCCCAGUCUUGAGGUAUGUGCACAAGGCACUUGCCAACACCUUCUUUGCAAGGAAGGCACCGGGACAAUCAACGAGGGGGAACUCAAGUUUCUUGACAUGGGAAUCAAGCCCAUUCUCUCACGCACAAGCGAUGGCAAGAGGAUCAGGGGAGAUAGAUCAACACAGGAACUUGAUGCCUUCCUUGACAUCUCCUCACCUACAAGACCACGCCUACAACACUAGACAUCAACAAGGGAGGAAGCUAAGUGUUGGAGGGCUCAUCACUCCUAUCUUGUGUGCUGCUGGAGUGAACCCAACUGAUAGGAGAGCCACUGAACCAGGUUGGAUGGACAUCAAGUUUUGCAAGACCAACCUCAUUGAGCACAAGGAGUUGGAUGGGAGGUUCCAAUUCAAGUUCACACAUCCAUUGGCUGGACCCUUCCAAGUUCUCCUGCCCAACCCAGAGCUCACCACAGUAGUAAGGGGUGAGAACAUUGACUUCAGACCCCCUGUGUACACAUUAGUUGGGCAUGAGGAUGAUUUGCGAGAAGAGGAGCCUGAGCUCGAUCGAGCUGAGGAUCGAGCUGAGUCAGCUGAGGAUCGAGCCAGGAAUGCGGAUUUGGGUGAGCCUGAGUGCUACUACUUUGAGGAGUAUGAGGCUCCAAGGAUGAACCCCUCUGUUGUGGCUGCCACAAGAGGAUUGGACUUCUCCAAAAGUUCAACAAAUGGCAAGGGAAAGCCAUGGAAAGAUGCAAAAGUCCAUGGACAAGAUGGUGAGCAAGAUCAAGAGUUUGGAGAAGAAGGUUUCUGGUUCUUCAUCAAGAAGAAGAAGUCCAAGGCCCCCACAUUCCCUAGGAGUAGAUCACUUCCUCACCACUCCAAGGAGGCUCCCUGCCCAAGAGCCUCACAGAGCCUCUUCUUUCGAGCCAAGGGAAGGAGAGACAACACGCAGAGAAGGAGGAAGAGUUCCAAGGCCAGACGCUCCAGCUCGACCACCGGACUCGAUCGAGUCCAAACAGAGGAAACUCAACUCGAUCGAGCUGACGGUCGAGUUGGGAGGAGCAGUUUGAGACCCUGGAUUUGA